AUGGCUUCAUCAAAUACACCAUCAGAAACACCAACUUCUCAGGAACAAGGAUCAACUCCUGAUCCUUCAAUUGGAACCCAAAAAAAUAGUAACAGAGGAAAAAUUGAUCCUGCAUGGGGCCAUUGUAAACAAGUUUUGGAUAAAGGAAAAACUGCUUUGGUAUGUAUUUAUUGCGAGAAGCUUAUUAGAGGUGGAGGAAUUAACCGGGUUAAGCAUCAUUUGGCUGGAAAAGGCGGAGAUAUUGAGGCAAGUCGAAAGGUGCCAGCUGUGGUGAGACACCAAUUCAAUCAAAACAUUGAAGAUCUUCGAACCAAGAAAAGGAAAACUCAAGAAGAAUAUGCAGAAAGUUAUGGUGCUUGUGAUGAAGUUGAAAGGGAAUUUGAUGAGAUUGAACGUAAUGAGAUGCGACAACAACAAGCAUCAAGAAUUCCAGCACCUAGCUCUAGAAAGGGAGUUGGAAAACAAGUCAAGGGAUUACAAUCCUUUUUUCCACCGGCAGCAACACCUAGAGCUCAACCAAGUAUUAAAAGUGUUCUCCAAAGCAAAGAAAUUGUGGAGAAGUGUGAUAUUGCUAUUGCAAGAUGGAUGAUGGAUGCUUCUGUGCCAUUCAAUGCGGUUAAUUCAGCUUAUUAUCAGCCGAUGAUUGAUGCUAUUGCAAACAUGGGUGCAGGGUAUAAAGGGCCUAAUUACCAAAGAGUUCGUGGAUAUUUGUUGAGUAAAUUGGUUGAAGAUGUAAAGAAGAUGAUUGAAGGUUAUCGUGUGAUUUGGAAACAAACUGGAUGUACUAUCAUGGCUGAUGGAUGGACUGAUCGUUGUAGACGUACUUUAAUUAAUUUCUUAGUUUAUUGCCCUAAAGGAACUGUUUUCCUAAAGUCAGUUGAUGCUUCUCAUAUCUCGAAAACUGCUGAGGCUUUGUUUAAGUUGCUUAGGGAUGUUGUGUUAUUUGUUGGUCCUGAGAAUGUUGUACAUGUAGUGACGGAUAAUGCUGCAAAUUACGUUGCUGCUGGAAGGUUGUUGGAAUCGGAGUUUCCUAGAUUGUAUUGGUCUCCUUGUGCGGCACAUUGUAUUAAUCUGAUGUUGCAGGAUAUUGGGAAGUUUGUGGAAGUGACUGAAACUGUGUCACAAGCUUCAAUGAUUACAAAAUAUAUCUAUAAUCACUGCCAUCCUUUGUACUUGAUGAGGCAGUUCACAGGCGGCCGAGAAAUACUUCGUCCAGCUCCAACUCGAUUCGCCACUAAUUUCAUUGCUUUGCAAAGCAUUUUGGCUCAAAAGGAUGUUUUAAGUAUCUUUUAG